AUGGAUUGGGAUCGCAAUAGAAGAUUUGAUGAUCGUCGGGGGGGAGAAAGCUAUCGCCCCAUGAGCUCGAUUAGAGCACGCCGCUCUCCUCCACGAAAUUACAUCCGGCACGCCAGAUCACCUCCACGGACGCGUUCUCCUCGCCUUGUUGCUGAUACCUGGGUACCAUCGGCUAGUCGAACUUAUGACCGCUUCCGAAGCCGAUCUCCAGCUUCGCGGCGUCGUUCUCGGAGCCCUUCAUUCUACAGUAGAGAUGGCGGCCAGGCGUCCUAUCGAAGGACGCGUUCCCCUCCUAGAAGACCAUCACCUCGACGAGAUGAAAGGCCAAGGUCACCCCGGCAGGUAUUCUGGCGCUCUAGGUCUCCAUUCAAUGAUGGUCGAUCUCGCGAUACUUCAUGGGACCGGACUACUCCAUUACGGCCGCGGGAGGCGUCGCCGCCCAGUCAAGACUUCAGAUUUCCCAAAAGAGAACGUUUUACCAGUGAAAAAUAUUUGAGAGCUGAAUCACCUCCAAAGCGUGGCACUUUACGAGAAUACAGCUCACGCGCCUCAAUGAAUUUUCGCACUCGGAGUCCUUUCCAAGGACAACGUGAACGUCAACAAGAAGCCACACCAAAGCGUCGGUCAACAUCUCCUUCUAGAGAGGGCUCGUCUACCCGUUAUACUGCACCAACCUCGGGUGUAAAUUUCAGGCGUCCCUCGUCGCCUACUGAUAAAUCCAACUUAGCCCCGUUCGACCCAGAGACCCGCUCACCUAUCACACAAUGUUCCUCACAUGAACGGUUUUCUAGGCAUUCCGGUCAUUCUUCACCUAUCCAUGAGCGUACAUUCCCAACAAGAUAUAGGUCCUCAGGUCAGAACGAGGAAAAGGACAAGAAGAAAAUCGUGAUAUGA